CGUGGACGUCCUUCCACGCGCAGCCCUGCGCGUUCCUUUCCGCCCGCGUGCCCGUGGCUAAGCCUGUGUGUCUGCGUUGAGGGGUUCCAUCACGGGAGAGAAAUGCCGACAAAAAUCACAUUUGACACCGAAGACCAGGCCAUGGAGGACAUCGUGGACACUGCUGCAGAGGCUAAAAUCCUGAAGGCCAAGAACAAGGAGGCCAAGAAGCUGAAGAAGAAGCAGCAGCUGGAGGACCAAGAACAGCAGGAGGACCCAGACUGUGAACCCCCAGCACCUAAGAAGAAAAAGAAAAAAGACAAGCUGGCAGAGGACCAAGUGAACGGCCACACAGAUGAGGCAGACAUGAAUGGCAACAGUAACGGUGUUGAAACACCAAAGAAGAAGAGUAAGAAGGAAAAAACUGAAGGAGACUCAGAGAAAAAAAAGAAGAAGCAAAAGAAAGCAAUUGCAGAAGAAGCAACCAACGGACAUUCCACCCCAAACACCCCAGUCCAGACGCCCAUCCAGACACCGGCGCAGUCGAGUGAAGAAUCAGCUAGCGACAGCGAAAAAGAACCGGAGGAGACACCAGAGCAGAAGGAAGGGGCCUUCUCCAACUUCAGGAUCUCCCAAGUCACCAUCAAUAAACUUAAAGCUCGGGGAGUCUCUUACCUGUUUGACAUUCAGGCGAAGACAUUUAAUCCUGUAUAUGAUGGAGAGGAUGUAAUUGCCCAAGCCCGAACAGGAACAGGGAAGACUUUCUCAUUUGCCAUCCCCUUGGUGGAGAAGCUUCAAGGAAAUAUGACAGAGUUUGCCAGAGGCCGGUCUCCCAAGGUCCUGGUGUUGACUCCAACCAGAGAGUUAGCCAUCCAGGUCGCUAAGGACUUUAAAGACGUUAGCAAGAGAGUCUCCAUUGCUUGUUUCUAUGGAGGCAGCUCAUAUAUGCCACAGAUCGAAGCUAUCCGUAAUGGUAUCGAUGUAUUGGUUGGCACCCCUGGUCGCAUUAAAGACCACCUCCAGAACAAUAAACUCGACCUCUCUAAAGUGAAGCACGUCGUUCUGGAUGAAGUAGACCAGAUGUUGGACAUGGGAUUUGCAGAGCAGGUUGAAGAGAUUCUGGCCUCAUCAUAUCAUAAAGACUCCGACUCCAACCCGCAGACUCUUCUGUUUUCGGCCACCUGCCCCCCCUGGGUCUACGAGGUUGCCAAGAAAUACAUGAGGCCAGGUUGCAAACAUGUUGACCUGAUUGGCAAGAAAACACAGAAAGCUGCAACAACUGUGGAACAUCUGGCCAUAACUUGUCACUGGUCACAGCGCACAGCUGUGCUCGCAGAUGUGAUCCAGGUUUACAGUGGCAGCCACGGCAAAACCAUAGUGUUCUGUGAGACAAAGAAAGAUGCCAACGAGCUUUCCUUGAAUUCAUCCCUCAAACAGAGUGCCCAGUCCCUCCAUGGUGAUAUUCCACAGAAACAGAGAGAGACGACGCUGAAGGGCUUCAGGAAUGGGGCUUUCGAGGUUCUGGUUGCCACGAACGUUGCAGCCCGUGGGUUAGACAUCCCUGAAGUUGAUCUAGUGAUCCAGUGUUCUCCGCCCAAGGAUGUGGAGUCAUACAUCCACCGCUCAGGGCGUACUGGUCGAGCUGGCAGGACUGGAGUCUGCAUCUGUUUCUACCAGAGGAAAGAAGAGGACCAGCUGCGCUAUGUAGAAAACAAAGCGGGCAUCACAUUCAGACGAGUUGGAGUUCCCACCGCCAAUGAUAUCAUCAAGUCAUCAAGCAAGGAUGCUGUCAGGUUUCUGGACUCUGUUCCAGCUACAGCUAUCGACUACUUCAGAGUGUCAGCAGAGAAGCUGAUUGCGGAGAGAGGAGCAGUUGACGCAUUAGCUGCCGCCCUGGCCCAUAUAUCUGGAGCCACAAGUCUAGAGCAGAGGUCACUUCUCAACUCUGAUGCUGGUUACACAACUGUGCAGUUGGUAUGUUCCCAGGAGUGUCACAAUCUGGGUUACGUCUGGAGAACCAUCAAAGAACAGCUUGGAGAGCAGUUUGAGAACCACAUUCAUAGAAUGACCUUCCUUAAAGGCAAAAUGGGAGUUUGUUUUGAUGUCCCAGUUGACAAAGUCAAGGAGAUGCAGGACAACUGGAAGGAUGGUCGCCGUUGGCAGCUGACUCUAGCCACAGAGCUCCCAGAGCUGGAGGAGAAGCAGUUCAAUAACCGUGGUGACCGAGGCUUUGGUGGCGGUAACAGAGGAGGAGGGUUUAGAGGUGGAAGGGGGCGGAGUUUUGGUGGCUUCCGUAACAGUGGUGGCGGUGGCGGUGGCAGAGGCGGCUAUGGCAACAACAGAGGAGGGCACAAACGCAACUUCAGCCAAGCUUUUGAUUAUUGAAGUGCCAACAUGUGGACUGAUGAGACUGACUGUCACUCAGCAGGGCUGGCAGUGAUUUUUAUUGGCUGUCAGUGAGCGCAGUUGAUGUAUGGCUGGUUGAAAUGUCCAACAAGCUAAUUUGAAAGUUUUUAAAUAUUUAGAAGGUUUAUCUACAGUACAUUCAACUACCAAUUCCUGUUCUCUUAAAAAAAACAAAACUUGUACAUCAUGUUAUCUGAAAAAUAAGAUCUAUUUCCAAGUAGCCAUCAUUUAAGAUCAGAUUUUCUGUGCGCUGCAUAUCCAUGCAGCACCACUGGCAGCCUAAGUUGUAUCUCUUGAAAUGACACGUUCCUACCAGUAAAGUUACACUAUUUAGAUGCCGUGUGUUAACUGGCAAAGGGUCAAAACAAUUGACUAAUCCACUUUAAAGUUUGAACGUGUCGUUCAUUGAGGUAAAGCGUUACACUUUUUAUAUUGAACGUUUGGGGAACUGUGACAGCAGCAAACAUUUCUUGUAAACAUGCAACUUGUAACAGGACUACACCUGAUAUCUGUGUAAAGUACCAUUAAGGUGCACUGUGACACAGACACUGUCACAUUUGAGGCACUGUGUCUGCUCCUCAUGCACAGAGAACAGUGAUGAAAUGGUUGUUAACCUUUACAGUUGUGCAUACUGUUGGACUGCUGCCUUAACCUCAGCUGCAUACUGCUCUCCCCAAAUAUAUAUUGGAUGAUUGCUUUGCAAUUGCCUCUAUUUAAUAACUGUGUACUUCUUCCAUUCAUUUGAAUGAAAUGACUUUUCAUUAAAAAAAGGUCAAGUGAU